GCCAUAUCUGUGACCAUUUCUGCGUUGGCGUCGUUUACAGAAGAAAAACCUUAUUUUUUUAUUACCACAUUGCUACCGAUAACUGUGACAGCUUUACAGCCAGUAAAUUGUUUACUGAUUUAUUUCCGCCCACAACUCCCGGGAGAAAAUGGAGAGGGACUCUACCGGUGCUGCAGAAAAGACAGAGCCGGCUUCGCCUUUGAGGAAAAAUAUUAAUGAAGCCACCUGCGUAGCUAACUCUACCUCCCGGGAUGGGACCUGUGGUACUACUGAUGUCGCACGAGCUAGGUGGACUCUACUGAGACAGGUUCUGCGUCAGAAGCAGGUGGACAGUCCAGAGGUCAAACAGGUGUCUGUUCGCAGGUUUGCCACGUUUGACCUUUUCAGCAGGAAAAGGCUUAUGACACAAGACCCUAGCGAUACCUCAGAUGACCAUUGGGUGGAGUACAGAAGUGUGUACUUUCCUGAGUACAGUGCCUUACUCAGGGAUAACCUGGGGCCUCUUAGAGUUAAUGAAGUGCUCAACAGUUUUGACAACACUGGAAAUGUCUGUGUGUGGCCAUCUGAAGAGGUGAUGGCUCAUUACUGCCUGCAGAAGCGUCACAUGUUCAGGGGUGCAGUGUGUGAGUUAGGAGGAGGUAUGACUUGUCUUGCUGGGCUCAUGGUUGCCAUUUGUGCUGACGUGAAAGAAGUUCUGCUAUCAGAUGGGAACGAGAAGUCCAUUCAGAAUGUACGAGGGCUCGUCGAGAGGACCAGGCAAGCUGGAAAGUUUGGGUCAACACAUGUAUCUGCCAGGGUGCUGAGGUGGGACUGUGAGUCAGAUAUUUCAGCACUAGACGGUCACUUUGACGUGGUCAUGUGUGCAGACUGUUUGUUUCUCGACCAGUACAGAGCCUGCCUGGUUGAUGCUAUAAGGAGAUUACUGCAACCCAAUGGCAUGGCGUUGGUGUUUGCUCCUCUGCGCGGUGAAACUCUGGCGCUGUUCUGCCAACUGGCCCAGCAGGCCGGACUCUACGUCUCUCAACACCAGCAGUACGAUGCUCAGGUCAUGGAUGUUCACUUAAAGAUGCUGAGAGAGGGAAAAGAAGCAUAUGAUGAGAACAUCCACUAUCCUCUCCUCAUCACCUUGACCAAAGGACCUCAACCUGUCAGCCACACUCAGUAAACCAAAACAAGUUCAGCGCUCAGCUCCGUACAGAACCACUACACAUGCUUUUGGAUAUUUGAGAUGGAUUGAUGCUCCAGAUUCAUGCCAACGAUGAGAUCCACGAGUGACCUAAGUGAGGAGGAAGAAUUGCCCUGAAAGAGUAGUAUUAGAUUUGAUAGUAUUUGAGAUAUUUGUCAGAGUGAUACUGGCCACUGAGAGGGUUUCUUAUCAGAUGGUGCAUGGCUUUGGACUCUAUUUGACUGUGCAUGUUUUGUAGUUUGAAGUGUUGGUGUGGAACGACCUCGAUUCCAAAGCAGUGGAGGUAUUUUUACAGCUGAGGAGGAAGAAAAGGAGAGGUGGAUAUAUUCUGACCUAGUUCAUUUUAACCAUCUGCCAUAUGCCAAAUAACUACUGUCAGUCUCCAGAGUGGUCACCCGGUCACUCAGCCCUUUAAUCAGCUGACCUGACACUUAAUCACUGCUCUAAUCAGCCAGUCAGUCAUCCCUUUGGUUAAUCAGCCGUCCAAGAAAGUGAACCACAUUGCCAAACAGUCAUCCGGCCCGCCAGUCAGGCAACCAGUCACUCAAUCAGUUACCUGGACAUUUCCUCAGUCAGUCCUACUGUGUGUCAGUUAUUCAGUCAGUCAGUAUUUACCAAUGUCACUGUGUUUCUGGCUCCAGCAUGGAGGCAAGCUCUAAUUCAUGAACCACCACAGACUGUGGAGCAGCUGACAGUUUCCUUUAUUUCUCUUUCUUCCCUUCUUCCCCCACGUUAAUUUUUUCUAAUACAACUAAUUUGUCCCAGUCAGAGGUUGCUAAAGAGGUUGCGCUACUUUUACUUACAGCAGCGCAUUAACACAUUAAGGCACUUUCAGACUAAGCAGCAAUUGUUGCUGCCCAGGAGCUAGCGUGUCACACAGCAACAUCGCCAUGGAUACAAGUAGUCCACUGUAAAUCACAUGAUGUGAUUUCAUUUUACGCAGCUCCGUUGGUGUUAUAAUCUGUGGUCGAACUGCCACAACUUGUUCUGACUGUACAGCAUUACCUCCAACUCCUGCUCCACUGUUAGCCUCUUUCAAAAGUUGCCACGGAUGAAACUCCAGCGCAGACGAGUGAAGCUCGGCUCCACCGCGUCUGCUGUCAUGACUCCGUUUGGUAACAGAAGUGGAACCGCUGAGCCAAACAUUUAGCGCUUCAAAGCAACGUAAAGUGAGUCGUUUGAUCGGCGACAGUCUGAUCCUCUGACAUCUCACCCGAAGUUGUGCAGAGCCUGUUUUUGCUGGAGCUGCUUGCAUCACUGAAGUGUGACACUCACAUUUGAUUGUGUUCACUGCUUACAUACAGUAUGUUGACAGGAAAAUCAACAUUUAAUGGCCUGUUCAUGGUUAUUGAUUUAGUCUUUACGUACAUGCAGCAAAGCUAGCAAAGCUUAUGUCAGCUCUCGUUGAGUCUGUGUUUCUGCUCACAUAUACAUUAUUCAGAAAAUACAGAUACAAAGACGGCAUGCUGCAGUCUGUAACCGAAACGAGUGCAGCUGCAGAGUAUCUGCUGCUACAAUGACCAUAAAUUAAGUGCACAUAAAACACAAAAACAACUAGAAACAUUAUUUGAAAUCGGGCUGCUUGAACAUGAUGUACACAUUGAUCAGCUGUGUGAAAGUUACACCAUCUCCUAAUAGCUUCAAGAUAAAAAGCUUCAUAGAUUCAGACCAUGCUGCUCCGUUUUCUGUUGCCAUUUUUUCUGUCAGCACAAUUAACUGUUUGACUCAGGUCUUCUUGCGUGCAUUCAGCCAUUUCCUGUUCCUGGUAUUAAAGAAACGCCAAGUGUCAGUGGGUCACUCAAGCCUAAAGUUGUACCUAUCACUAGUAAGGUGUUUCCAUAUUUCACUGUGAUCCAUUGCUGUACGCAACAGCCAAGAAGCUAUGCACUAUCUCUCAGUGGCUGCUGUUUACGUUCCUCAUAUUGGAAAAAAAUAAUAAUCCACCUGCAGAAAUAAGAGGUAUUCCCUGUGUGUAACUACUCAGAAAAGUAAAUUAAGCCAGUUUUAUCAGUGGUCUCAAUGCUUUGAGGGCUUAAAUUGCAUUGCAAAAAAGUUCCCAUUGCAAAGGUUUUAAAGCAUAUUUAAUUUCUUUUUUAUCUGUAAUGCAGUUUGCUGUGUAUACUUUUGAUAUCUGUGGGCUUACAGAGAAACACCAUCCCAACUGUGACUCCAUCACCGUCCAGUGUGACAUCACCACCACAAACAGUGAUGUCAUUUUACAGCACACUGUUUACUGUGACGUCUGCGCUGCGUUGCUGCUUCUUCCAACAUCACUGCCUCUGUUAGUGACAAAAUAAAAAAAAAAAGAAAAGAAAUCUUCACCUGGUGCACCCGCGACCUGCUGUGAUGUUUUUCACACCGAUGUGGUAGCUCCUUGUUGUAAUAUUAGUGCUGUGUGCCGGGUCACUUACCACUUCUCACUGUGACACCAAGAGAAAGUCAAGGAACCAUUCAUAGUUAUUUGGAGAAAGCCAUGUGGUCGUUAUUUGGAUUUGCUGAUUAAUGGUGAGAAACCCAACAGUUGUUCUGGAAAAGGCUGCAGAGGAGGGUCUGUGUUGCAGCUGGGAUUUACCUUGGACAGCCAUCAUGCAGGAAUGCUCUGUUCCAACAGACUUAUGUCACUGUGUUGUGGGAUGUCUCAGCUAGGCUAUUAAAAAGGCCAUGUCCACACUAAUCCAGAUCAAUUUCUGUCAGUUUUGGUCUUCUUUCCACACUCACCUUUUUUUUAAUUUCAACCACCAGAAACAAAAAGUUCAAGAAAACUCUCCAAUUUGAGUAAAGUUUGAUUCUGUGGUACUUCCUCAUUAGGAGGCAUUUUCCAAGUAUUUAUGUACUACAAUGAUGUGAUCUGGUGUAAAGUCUCCUGCUCGAGGUCUAGUGGACUAGCUUUUAUCUUUUUCGCGUUGUGUUGGGUUUGACACAAGAAGUACAAAGCUAUAUACUUAAAUGAAAUAUUUCAAUUGAUCCACUUUAGUGUGGACAUGGCCUCAUGUCGAGAGUUUGUCUGUUCGGUACAUAGAAUCCUUUGCUUCCAGCUAAUCACUGGGUUGAAUAUUGUACUUUGCAGUCUACGGGUGGGUGAUUUUUUUGUGUGUGAAUUAAUAAA